GCGAACGUCAUGACUUUUUGACAGGAGAUACGCUCAAUGAAUAUUGAUAAGACACUUACUCAGUUUGGGGACACUCCUUCAUCGACAUGGACGGAGUUAGUGGCGCCUGCGAAGAAAACAAUGUCACAAGUCAAGAACUACACAAGAAACCCAAACAAUAUGUCUUUGAUGAUCUGUUUGAAAUGGUUGGCGGGCUCGGUCGAUAUCCAGCAAUGCUUUAUUUAUUUACAUGCAUUAUGUCCAUACCGAUCGGCUUGGCUCAGCUAGUACAAGUUUUCUAUGGUGCUUCACCAAGCUUCGAGUGUAGUACUACCCGUGAUCUUGCAAGUAAUAGCAGUACUUGUCCGGUGAAUACGUGUUGCGCAAACUGCUCAAGUUACGAUUUUCAAGGAGUCCUGACAAGCGCCGUUUCAGAGUGGAAUUUGAUCUGCAGUCGUUCUCACUUGAAGGCAAUGACACAGGCCGUCUAUAUGGCUGGUCUUCUGGUCGGAUCGUUUGCUUUUGGUGUGAUAUCUGAUAGGUUUGGACGUCGUUUAUCAAUCUUUCUAAGCAUCUUCCUGUUGGCUUCAUGUGGUGUGGCGUCAGGAGUGGCUGACUGUCUCUCACUUUUUGCGCUAUUUCGUUUCGGGACUGGUGCUGCGUGUGCUGGGUGUUUGAUAUCUCGUUACGUGUACUGCGUUGAGCUAGUCGUCACAAAACAUCGUACAGCGGCAGGUUUUAUCAGCAAUAUCUUUGUUAGUAUUGGAUUUAACUUGUUGGCUUUAUUGGCGUACUUAAUACGAGACUGGAGGCACUUGAUGCUAGCUGUAUCGCUUCCUGCAGCCCCUCUUCUUGUAUGCUGGUGGUUCAUCCCUGAGUCUCCAAGAUGGCUGAUUGCUCAGAAUCGAAUCGAUGAAGCACAUCAGCUCCUUUUAAAAUUUGCUUGCAAAAACAGAGUUAAGGUUGACGAGGAGGAACUGAAGCUCGUAAUACUUGAAAUAAAGAAAGCCGAACUGCGCCAAGAUAAUACGAGGAAGUAUGGCGUCCUUGAUUUGGUGAAAACGCGCAAGUUGAGAAAGAGAACAAUCAUUUGCUGUUUCAACUGGUUCGUGAAUACAUUGGUUUAUUUUGGUAUCAACUUGAAUGUGAAGAAUCUAGGGGGCGAUAUGUAUCUGAACUUCUUCAUCUUGAGCAUCAUUGAAAUUCCAGGUGCACUAUUCUGCUGGUUCCUUAUGGCCAGAUUUGGACGGCGCAUACCGUAUUCCGUUCUGAUGCUGACCAGUGGGAUUGCAUGCAUGCUUGUAUUGGCAUUUCCAUCAACCCCAGAAUAUCGAUAUGGUAUUUUAACAUUGGCCAUGAUCGGCAAGAUAUGCAUCAUGUCCACCUUCCUCGCUAUCUAUGUCUACACAGUUGAGCUCUACCCCACCCUUAUCAGGAACAUUGGCAUUGGCACGUCGUCUAUGAUGGCACGAUUUGGUGGGAUUGCAGCACCUUACGUCGUUCUGCUGGCUGAUCUUCCCAAUGUCAGUAAAACGCUUCCUUUGGUGAUAUUUGGAGUGAUGGGCGUGACCGCAGGUAUCAUGUCACUAUGGUUACCCGAGACUUUGCAUGUACCGAUGGCUCAGACAGUCGAGCAAACAGAGAUAUGGCCUGAGGAUUACCAAAUCCAUUGCUGCAGAGGAACUCGGCGAAGACAAGCAAGAGAACAAGAAAAGGAAAUGCCACGUGAUAGUGAAGUUACUCUUGAGUGUCGUCUUUAGUCAGUUUGAUACUAUAAAAAUCGCAAAUCGGACACGCUGAAACUCGACACUUUUAGAUGUUAGAGCACUUACAACUUACUUUUUAUUCAGCUUCGCUUCAGUUUGAUUCGAAAAAAUAUUAGUUUGAUCCAAUAGCCAUUAGAACUCUAGGUUCAGUGCCAUGGAGCGAAACCUUACUUUGAAGAAGGAAAAUAGCGCGAAAAGCUUCAAAGCAGGCGUCUUCGGCCGUCAUUUUUCUAGGAACGGCUUUUUCUUAAUAUUUAGCUACAUAACAUAUAACGUAUAUAACGAAACAACGCAUUUAAUAAAGUAAAUUCAUUUUAUAA